GGCGAUUUAAUUCUCUCCUCUCUCAUCGUGUGCGCUGCUUCCAAUGGGGAGACUGGCUAUGGUGUAGCAGCACUUUCAUGCAUCUGAGGAAGGAGAGGGGCCCACAGGAAGACAAGAUAUGGUGACACGUCAGCAGAUGAUGCUCUGCCGUCCGUUGAGCUGAGAGUAUCAGAGAUACAUCUUGAAAGAAUAGAGAAGUGGGAGGUGUUGGGAGAGGAGAGGGAGAGAAGCGAUCAGGAACGGUAGGGAGCGAGACAGCGCCGAUCUACGAUAAGCUCUCCGCUGGUCAAUUGGCGGCGGCGGCGGCGGCGGGGAAGAAGGUGGGAAAGGAGGUAAUCAGGCUGUGCGGCGGCGAUGGCCGCCACGUGGACUGCAUCUUCUUUACAGACAGCAGCCGCGGCAUCGGGUGGUGGUUUGGCGGCGGCGGCGGCGGCGGCGGCGCAGGUGGGCGAAAGCGGCAGAGAUUGGAAGCGGAAGAAUGUGGCAAUCAUCCACCUCGGCAGUAACACUACUAGAUUGAAUAGCGGUGAUCACAACAGCCACGUCAGCCUCCGCAUCAGCCGUGCUGACCUGUCAUCGUCUUCUGAGAAGGUGAGGCGAAGGGCAUCCUGCGCCGCCCAGUCAGCAUCGUGGACCUCGGCGGCCGAAGAUGCAGUGACGGUGGCAGCGGCGGCGGCGGCGGCGGCGCAAUCCUGCUCCGCUUCUCCUUCCGCUUGCUGCUCUUUCUGCUUUUCCUCCUCCUCCUCCUCCUCCUCCUCCUCCUCCUCGUCUUCCUCCUCUAUCUCUUCCCCGAUUGGCUCGUCCUGGCAGAGUUCAGUCAGUAGUUCUGGAGGGCGGCACGUGGCGGCUUCUGCGGUCAUCUCCAGGCCAGGAUUUGGAGGUGGCGGCGGCACCGGACUUCUCGAGAGGCCUGAUUUGAAUUUGGACCAGGGGGGAAGCUCCCCGGACACAGAAGAGGGGGGGGAUUUGGGUAAGUCCCCCCAGAGACGCCGUCAUGGGGGCGGGGAUCGCUACAGGGUCUUGUUGUUAGAUCACGAGAGACAUACAGAGUCCCAAGUGGCGAAAGUUUUGCCAUCGGUUGUACCGUCGGUCUCUCCCGACGAGGCUCGGCGGUUUUUUCAGGAAUCUAGACAGGUCGGAUUUGCAGUGGUCCUCGUUUGCGUGAAGGAGCAUGCAGAGUUCUAUGCGCAAAUGAUGGCCAGGAGUGGCCUUCGAUCAAGCAUCGAACCAGAUAAUGGGGUCCUUUGAGUCCAAAAAAAAGGCGUCGGCAGGGGUCCUCUGAUCGCGAAAACCAUCCGCAGAUGCAAGAUGGCGAGCACUACUGUCUUCCCCCGAACACAACGAACCCUCAUUUUGGCUGUACACGGCCGGAAAUGGGGCUUAUAUAUAUAGACUCCUUAUCAGGGUGCGUUAUUUUCGGGGGAAGACGGGUAGGGGGGGUCUGAAGAUCAAGUGCCGAAUCAGAUAUGGCGGGAAGGCGUGCUCUGACUUUGAGCGUCGGCAGAUUCGACUUCGAUAUCGCUUGGAAGUAGCUGAGAUAGCCUCACAAAAGGGACACUGAUCUCACCCUGUAAUGCCAUAUUUUGAUUGGAUCGUACGAUGAUAAUACGUGACGUACAGUGAUCAUAGGGUGUGCAUGUACGAUCAUCAUCACCGUGUGAUCGCUCUCACCGGAUGAUGAUGAUAUGAUGACGAUUCCUGUGCACGUUGAAAAUGUAUGAUUGGAUGAUGACUGGAUGAUGAUACGGUGGUCAUAUGUAUACAUCAUGAUGAUGAUGUGCUGGCUCUGAAGUCGGUAAAUGGUUGCAGGGAAGUGCACGAGAGAGGUAGGGUUGGUUGUUGCCUUUCGGUUUAAUUAGUAAAAGGGAUGGUUGUUGCCUUUCGGUUUAACUAGUAAAAGGGAUGGUUGUUGCCUUUAGCUUUAAUUAGUGAGGGAUGGUGAUCAUAUCUAUAAAUCACGAUGAUGAUGUCUUGCCUCUGAAGGUGAGGGGAAAUGGUUCCAAGAAAGUGCAAGAGAUAGGAAGGGAUGGUUGUUGCCUUUAGCUUUAAUUAGUGAGGGAUGGUGGUUGUCUUUUGCUCUAAUUAGUUGGUAUUCUUUGGAUCUGUAGCCUGUUUAGUUCAUUUGUCUUUUUCGAUCUUGGCGAGGUGCUCUUGCAGGAGAAUGGACAUUGUGCACACUAGACAAUUCUAGUGUGCACACUAGAAGGUCUGAUGGAUGGACACAUAACUCAUGUGCACCAAGAAGAGAAGGCGAGGGAACUGGAGAGAGAGAGAGAGAGAGAGAGAGAGAGAGAGAGAGAGAGAGAGAGAGAGAGAGAGAGAGAAUUGUUUUGGGAGAGGCCUCAUCAAGAUCUGUAUAGGCAAUACUCAAAAAAGUGAGUUCUUUCAAAUUUUAAGGUUCGUGUGAUGUGGAGGUGAAGAUAUUUCAAAUUGAGGGGUAAGUCGUGCAAGUCGUUGGGAUUUGUGGUAGUAAUGUUGAAAUUUGGAGGGGUCUUUUUCAAAUUGUGGCUCCUUCAGAACUGAUUGUCGACGCCUAAUUGCAGGUGUGGCGGAGGGGAGUGUAUGCUGAAAAUUAGAGGGGGGUUCUUUUGCCAUGGUGGCUCGUGCACAAUUGUUUUGGGUGCCUUAAUUGCCAGGGGUAGGGGAGGCUAGUGUGUAGUGAAAAGUAGAGGGCUUUUUCCGACUGUUACUUCUACAUAGUUUCUUUCAUCGCCUGUUUGCAGGGGUAUGGCAGGCUAGUGUAAGUGAUAACGAUUUGUCUAACUGUAGGUCCGGUAGGUAUCUGCUGAAGUAGACCAACAAAUGGCAGAGCAAGAGAGGCAGGAGGAGGGAGGAAAUCUGUCGGUGCAUGUGCUAUAUAUAGUAGCAGAAAGGUUUUCCCAUUUCCCAAUUAUAUACGUGGUAAAUUUUUGCUCCCUUGCUGGCGUUUUUUGCAAGUAGAACACUUCAUUUACGAGAGAGAGAGAGAGAGAGAGAGAGAGAGAGAGAGAGAGAGAGAGAGAGAGAGAGAGAGAGAGAUGGAAAAGAAAAGAAAAGGACAAUUAGGUGCAUGAACAAUACUUCUGAGUCUCCAGUCACACUCUUUCGAAUGGUGUGGCACAGGCAGAUCGUACAGGAAACAUGGCUUCCAUAUGC